GCCGUAGCUCCACCCCCUGACGUUAAGAACGUAGCCCACAGUUGGUCCUUUCACAGUUCAGGGAAUCCUCGGUUCUGUAGAGGCGGUGAGAACGUUUCUGUCGUAAUGUCCGCAGCAGCUGGUCUCUGUGAGAUUUUCUUCAGCCGUUCAGGAUUUUGUACUUUUAUCUUCUUCAUGGUUUUGGUCUGGACGCCUGUUAAAGGUAGCCUCCAUCUGAUUGGUUCGUCUCAGCCAAUCGUAGCUGCUCCUGGAGAUGACGUCGUCCUCCCGUGUCAGGUGGAUCCUGAGUGGGACGUCGUGGGGAAGACGGUGGAGUGGUCCCGACCGGACCUGAAGCCGUCCGGCCCUCAGAAGCGUGUGGAGUACGUGUUCGUGUACCGCUUCCGGAAGACGGACCGAGACAUGAUGAUGGACACGUACAUCCAGAGGACGUCUCUGUCCCAGGACGGCCUGAGGCGAGGAGACGUGUCUCUGACCAUCAGGAACGUCAGCCUGCAGGACCACGGCAGGUUCCGAUGUUUCAUCCCACGCCUCGGGAUAGACACAGAACUUCUGCUUGUUGUUGAUCCAAACUUUGUUUCCACGACGACAGAGACGGUUCCUCACAGAAACCUCAUCACUCCGACGCCACAGGAGGAAACCGUGACGAUCGGUCGUCGCUCCAGGCUGGUUCUUGUUUUUCCCAUUAUUCUCUUCAUCAUUUCUCUGAGUUUACUUUUCAUCUUCAGCUUAACAAAAUGCUCCAAAAACUCAAAAUUUCAACAGAACCUGCUGAGAGCCUCUGCCUUGCAGUUUGGAUGCCUUGCUCAAGGGCAGGCCUGCGUUGAUGUGGAGCAGAACUCCGUCCAGUCUCUCACUGUGAUUCCUGAUCAACUGCAGCAUCAUAGAAACUGUGGAGGUUGAGUUGAUCAGUCUGAGGCGUAUCGAUAAAACCAGGUUCUUCAUAAAGCAGCUUUCAGAUUCUGCAGGAUUCCCACAAACUUUCAGAUAAACAUGAGAAAAUGUUCUGGGUUGAUCCGACAAGGUUCAGUUCCGACAAGGAACAGUUCAGCCAACAGCUCGUCUGCUGUUGGCUGAACUGUUCCUGUGCAGAGCAGCUCUGGGAUCCUGCAGCUCCUCUUCAACCUUAGCCUGACCCAAGAGAAGGUUCCACUGUUCUAGAAGACAUCCUGCCUGGUUCCAGGUCCAAAGAAAACUCACCCAUCAGUCAUCAACCACUACAGACCUGCAUGGAGGUCCUGGAGAGACUCCUGCUGGCCCACCUGAGUAAGCAGACUGACUCAUGUCAAGACCCCCUGCAGUUUGUUUAUCGCCAUGGAGACGGAGGUGAAGACACCGUGAUAAACCUGCUUCAACAAACCCUCUGUCAUCUGCACAAAGCAGCAGCACUGUGAGGAUCAUGUUCUCUGAUUUCUCCAGUCCGUUUAACACAAUUCAGUCUGAGCUGCUCUGUGAGAAACUCCAGAGACUCAAGUGGAGCCUCAACAAUCACCUGGAUCUACCUGACCAACAGACCACAGGACUGAGUGUCUAACCAGGUGGUCAGCAGCACAGGAGCACCACAGGAAUCUGUGCUCUCACCAUUCCUUUUCACUCUGUACACUCCAGACUUCCAGUCCAACAUGUACAGAAAUACUCAGAUGAGUCUGCAGUUGUUGGGGGAAUCAGAGAUGGAAGAGAGGCUGGAGAUCAUGAUGAAACUAUGAACAAUCCUGACCAUCCUCUUCAUAAAACUGUCAGAGGCUUCCUCAGAUUCAGUGCAGUACAGACUGCUACAGAAGCUCUUUCUUUCCAUCACCAUCUACAGUAACUAUGAAGAAUUAAUAAGCUACAACAUUUAAUUUUCCUUUGGGAUUGAUAAAGUAUUUUGAAUUGGAAUUUUCUAGGUUUGUUUUAACUUAUUGUAUGAUCUGGUAUCAUCUUUCAGUUUGAUGUUUAUUUAAUCCAUUUAUUUUGGGCGCUGCUGUCUAAGAACAUGUCAUUUCUUUUAAAUAUGAACCUCAAACAUUUGUUACAGGAGAUCUGCAGACCAGAUCAAGCUGUGAAAUAUUAGAAAAUAAUUUAAAUGUCUGUAUGGGAAAAAAAAGUGAUGUGAAACCAUUUUUCAUUAAUGCUGCAACACAAUAUUUGCACUUUUUUGUUUUAAUGUCUAUAUUAAACAGUAAAACAAAUACCUCAAUGUGAAAAGAUAAAGUCUGAGUUGUUUUCCUUGUGGAUGACCUGCUGUGUUACAUGAUGGAUGUAAUUUAUUUUCCUGUCACUUCCUGGAGAAGAGGCGUUUUUAGAGAAAUGUUGUUAAACUCUGGAGAUUUUAAUCUGCCGGGAUUAUAUGGAUUUUUUUAAAAACUGUAACUUAUUUUACUAUUUAGACUCUUAAAACUGAAUUGGUACUAAAUGAUUCUCAGUAUUGGCUGAUAAAAAAAAACUUAUCAAGUUUAUAAAUUAAACAUAAAGCCAGAAAUGUUUCCGACUUGAAUAUUUAUUUUUUCUACUGCUGAAUAGUUUUUGCAAUAAAGUGAACUCUGAAGUA